UUUAACAAUGGUCAAAGUGGAGAGAUGAUACUGCUACUUUAUUUAAAUUUUUCCAAUUUGCUUUCAGAAUCUUUGAGUCUUUGUUUCCUUGCAUCAAUAAUGCACCAGAAGUUGUGGAUGGUGUCAAUUCAUUGUAUAUACUACCAAAUGAACAAUGUGUUCUUAUUGAAAUAUCCUGUGAGAAAUGGGAAACAUUAUUAUGCAGAGCUGGUACAAAGAAUGCCUUCUCUCCAUUAAAUUGCUUUAACAAGUCAGGAAAAUACUUUAUGCAGAAAUGUCUUUCUUAUUCUCACCACUGCAGAAUCAGAGCUGCGACCAGCUGAUAACAAUUUCACUUCCCCCACCUCUAUCUGAAAGUGAUUAUUUGGUAUCUGAUGCAUAUUAAGAAGUAAGAUCAGUAUAACCAAUAGUCCUUUUGAAAAUAAUUUUACUAUUAGCAUUGCUUGUAGAUAAUGUGACAUGAUGACAACAAACAAGAAAAAACUUAUAGGAAUUUUUAUUAAUUUUUCACUUCUAAAAAUUUCAUUUGUUACCAUGUAUUAAUUGCACACAUAGUUAUAUAGCAUUUCCAUGAAUAUAAGGUACUUUAAUACUACUUACCCUAUUAUUAUUUCUUUUGAAAAAAUUAUUUUUCUUAAGAUUAUAAUAUAGUUAUAUCACCUUUGUUCUCUGCCCUCCAAACCCUUCCAUGUAUGCCUUUUUGUUCUUUUUCAAAUUUAUGGCCUUUUAAAUUGUUGUUACAGAGAUAUAUUCCUUGGGCUGGGGAGAUGGCCCAGGGGCUAGAAUGAUUGCCGUCUAAGUAUGAAGACGAGAAUUCAGAUCUCCAGAACCCAUACAAGUUCCUAAGAUGCCUGGAGACCUUCCUGAGGUUCCAUCCUUGGAAUCCAUAAACUCUAAAACAUGCUGAAAACCAAUUGUUGUCAUUUUGGACAGCUCUGGCCUCGAUUGAGAGACUCUGCCUUCUUGAAUAAGGAAGACAAAUGAUCAAGGAUGACUUAGGCCAUCAAUUUCCUGUCCCCAUAUGCACCCACACAUGUGGGCCUACAUACAGGCAAACUUGAAUACACAUACAUUAUGUAUACAACACACACUCACAUGUGAAAAAACAGAUCCUUUUUGCCUUUACUUGGGAUAAUUGUUCUGACAUCUUAACCUCAACACACUAUGGUUUGUUAAUAUUAUUAGGUUAUAAGUUCUUUGAAUAAGCUAUUUUCAUUUUUAUUGUUGUGAAGCAGUGUCACUCUAGCUGGCCUGGAACUUGAAGUAUAGACCUGAUUCGCGUUGACUGUGGCACUCUUUCUGCCUCUAUCUCACCAGUGGUAGGAUUACAGGUGUGCAGUUAUUGUGCACAUUGCUAGAAUGAUGUAUUUUCAUGUUUCUCCUUAGGUAAACUGUAGAAAGCAGUAUUUAACAUAAAAGAAGUAAGGUCCAGAGAUAGAACAGUGAUGUGCAUUUGUAGAAAAGCAUUCUCAACUAUACCUCUACAUUAAACAAAACUAAUGAGCUUGUUCCCAGACCUCUAGGCCACAUAGCCACACAUUUCAAUUCACUUAGUGAGGAAGAAUCCAUAAAUGUAAAUUUAGAAAAUUCACUAGUAAUUCUAAUGUACUAGGAAGCACUGUCAAAUGCUGCAUUUGGACUCGUGCAGAACCUCUGAGGUGUGUUUUAGGCUUCAAGUGUGGUGGUAGAUAGGAUAAAGAAAACAUUGUGUUGAGCUUUGAAUGACCAAAACCUCCCAGCUUUUGACCCAUCAUAUAGGACAGAACUGUAAGAGAGUUCUUAUAUCAUGUGCAUCAAUGAAGGCUUGAAAUUGGAUAGUGUUGAGGAAAUAGCUUGUAGUGAGAGACAAGAUACAAACAAUGACACCCAGUUUGGAAAGAUUUGGAAAUGUAUAAAUUGUGACAACAUUCUGAGAUUAUGUAGCACAUGGUCCAGGUGAUAGAGUCAACUAAGCCAAUAGUAUCCCUAGUUGCUUAGGACAUAGGGAACUCAUUUCAAAGCUGGGUGAUGGGUUCAGAGUUCUGAAUUGGUCAUUGGCCUUAACUAUUAGAUGUCCCUUAGGAGAAUAUCAACAGUAAAGGAAAAAUCUUAAAACCUAGGCAGAUUCCAAUGCUCACAGGACCAGGGAGUUAGUAUUUUAUGGCUUUGUUUUGUUUCAUCUUUACCAACUUGCUACUCGAGGUCACAAUGUACAAAUGAGUUUGAAAGCAAGUAACCUAGAUGUCCCUAAGGAUUUUUAAAUGGCUUUCUUGAUUGAUUCUUUCUAAUAAUACCUCCUUUCCUCCUGUAGAUUUUAUGAGCAUCAGAAAAUUCUAUCUAUCCAUCUAGUACAAAAGGAACUGAGGCCCAGUAUACAUAGCUGCUUUUCUCAGGGUCAUAUAUCUCAGUUAGUAUUGUUUAGUCAUACAUACAGAAGUAGUGUUGGGACUGCAAGUGUUCCCAUCCAUGUCUUUUGAAUCUAGUUCUAUAUAAUUUGGUUUGCAAAUAACUAUGCCUAUUAACUUAUUAUUGAAAAUGAGUUAUACACAUACACAUAUACAUACAUACAUGCAUACAUACAUACAUUCAUACAAACAUACAUUUGUAUUACAUAGUCAUACAUACAGAGUUAGUACGGGACUACUAGUGUUCCAGUGUACGACUUUUCUAUGAUUUGCAUGAUUUCUAGCUCGAUAAUUUUUUUUUGCAAAUGACCACUCCCUAUUAUCUCAUUACUGAAAAUACAUUCAUUAAAUUGUUUUUUUAAGCUUUGGGAGGAAGACAAGUUAUGGGUAAGAGCAUCAAACACAUUAAAGACAAAUAUAAACCUGAUUGGUUGAUGAGGUUCAGGGGACUACUUAGGUCUCAGGCUCUAAAGGACAAACAAAUCUGGUGGAACGGAGUUAAGAAUUUUGCUAAGGGAAUUUCCAUGAGAUGUGAAUUUACCGCUAAGGUCUAUAUCUGAGGAUCAAAGAAGUGAACUCCCAAGCCCUUAAGUAAGAGCUAAUGGGACUAAAACAGUUCUAAGUAUUGUAGGUGAUGGAUAUGCUAAUUAGUGUGACUUAGUAAGUCUCUCUCUCUCUCUCUCUGUAUGUGUGUAUGUGUGAGCGUGUGUGUGUGUGUGUUCAUUUAUUGAUUUAGUGUGUAUGGGUGUUUUGCCUGCAUGCUUUGUCUGUGCACCACAUGUGUUCAGUAUUCAUGAAAGCCAGAAGAGGGUGUCUGAGCCCCUGGAACUGCCAUGUGGUUGCUGGGAGUUGAACCAGGGACCUCUGGAAGAGCAUCCAGUGCUCUAAACCACUGAGCCACCUCUUCAGCUAUUGUUUACUUUUAAAAAAUGCUAGAGACAUAGUUACUCUGUUCUGCAUCAAAUGUAAUAUAUAGCUUGUUAUCCACACAUCUUAGAUGUGUAUUUGGUCUUACAAAAGCAGAAGGGUUAUGGCAGGGAUAAAACUUCAGAGGUUGUCAAUACUAAGAUUACACUUAUAAAAAUGCCCAAUGUUCCCUAAAAGAAUUGAAAGUUUUUAAAAGAACUUUAAUUUUCCUCCAUAUAGGAAAAUUCUAACUUUGUGUUUCCGUUGUUUUCCUCCUGCCUGUUAUUAACACAUCUCUCAGAACAUGUUCUUUUUAGUAGAAAAUUGGAUGGAGGAUAGUGCAUUUGUUGGUUCUAUAAUGGAUGCUUUGCGUGGCUUUGGGACUGAACAUUCCUGGACUCUCCUUGAGGAUAUGACACAAGUCUUCAUUAAUAUUCAGUUGUGGUACUAGUGUAAAAAAUUUUGAAAAGGAGUUGGUCACUGCAGUACCUUCAUACUCCUCAAAGAAAAACCCAGGAUCCAAUGUUGUAACAAAGGGAAGGUCAAGUUUGAAAGGUUAGAGCCAGGAAAAUUUAUAUGCAUAGGUGGUUGGAGGGAAGCACAAGCGCCCAUGUGAGCUGACUCCCUAGGUGGCAUUGGAUAGUCAGGAGGCAGCCUAAGUUUAUGGAGGUGAGAUAUCAAAAGGAAAUAGGAGGAGAAUUCAAUUGAUCAUUUUGCCAAUGGUUUCCUCACCAGUGCAGCCUCUGUGACAUGUCCCUUGGUACUAUAGAGAAGGGCAAAGGAGGCCAUAAUUCUUUACGCUGUAUUCUUACCCUAGCCUAGAAGAGCAGGAAGAAAAAGAAAACAAACUGUGUUAAGGGGUUGAAUACACAGCUCCCAUCAGACUCCUGAUUGAGCAGAUUCACUGAUUCUUACUCUUGCCACCUUUUUACACCUAAGUAGAUGUGAAGUGAGAAUGUUGUGCUCACCAAGGUCCUUAGGACAGUAGGAGUGAAAUGCAUGACAGAACUGGAGCAAGUAGAGAGAGAGAGAUGUGAAGGUUAUCUGAUGGUGAGUUAAAUUUUAUAUAGCCACAAAAUUAUUAAAAUGUAAUAAUAAAAUAUAGCACAUUUGGAGGUUGAAAUUCUUCUAACAACUGCCAUUUUCCAUUAUUUUAAAUAAACUCUAUUAUUUAAAAAAUUGCAAAAAUGCCAAAACAAACAAAAACACCAGGCACAGAAAUUAACCAGACCCAAUAUCCAUAUGUCUCUCUAUGAGCUUCUUCUGUAUCAUUAAAACAGCCAUUCUGAAGUGGAAGGUCUGUAUUAGAGUCUACACUUUCACUGUGGAAUAUAUCCUUUAUUCACUUAUCUACCCCCAACCUCCACAAAAGCCACAACAGGGUUAGAAAUAGAAGAACAAAAUUACCUUUAUAUCCCUUUGUAACUCAUGACCUUCAAAUCAUGAAAAUAAAAAUACAUUGUAAAGGACGUGUACAUUUAAAUGAUUUCCAAACAACUGCUAUAUUCUUGAGAAAUCAUUUCUUCUUAUGUCAUUGUAUUAAUGUUAAGUUUCACUAGUCUCAUUUGAUCUAUAGUCUACAGCAUUGACAUUUCUCUUUUCAUUCAGACCUAAGCCUAUCUUGAAUAAAGACUGCCAUCUGUGCCAUAUUAGCAGUGGCUGUGAAAUGAAUUAUUUUCCACUAGUGGCUAAUAUGAGACCAGAAUAUGGAAAAUAAAGCCAGCUUUAAAAAUUCAAUUUGCAGUAGAUAUUUAUGAAUAAUUUAUGUGUCCUGACUUUCUAAUGUAAUAAUUAAUAUUCCAUUGAUUUAUUAUUAAAAGUUAAAAUAUGUUUAAUGAUACCAUUCUAUGCAUUUAAAAUUAAAAUAUAAAUCAAAGGUAUCAUUAGAUAUAAUUUCACCUUCUUGUAUAUAUCAAAGUCCCUGGGUUAUCUUAUGUGACUGUUUCUAACCUCUUAAUUCUGCUAAAAGAGAUGGCUGUAAGAAGUGAUAUGAUAAAUAUUUUAAAGCAUCACAUUUUAUGUCAUAAUCUUGACAAGAGUAGUGAAAGAUGAUGUAAGGUGGCUAAAGGUUCUAAAUGCUAAAUAAAAAAGUAUUACCAGUCUUACAUAAAGUUUUGGCAUGUGAUAUGUUUGUUUAUUGACACAUUUUUAUUGAAUAAUUCAGAGAAGAUUCAAACUCAAUACUGUUUUGUUGACUUGGAAUGAGUUCCUUUGAUUGUUAAUGUUUCUGGAACUUUUGAGUAUGACAAAAACAAAUGUCAGAAUUUGAGUCCUGGAAAUGACAUGAGGUGACAUGAGGUGACAGACCCAGAGGAUCUGAGAAGGGAUGUCCGCAUCAACUCUCCAUGGAAUGACAAUACAAGGAAGAGAAAGUGAAUGUUAAGAUUUAAAUCCAUACAUCUGUGACAGUGUAUUUUAUGUUAAUCCAGCACUUCACAAAGUAUGUCUCAUUAUUAUUUUUAGCUUAUUAAUGGUAUUAUAAUAGUAACUAGUUGGUAUUUUUCUCCGAGGCAUUUAGUGCUUUGCACGAACUUUUUUUCUUGUCAGGUGACAAUAUUCAUCGCAAUUUCAAGGGGGAAAAAAACAGUGAUACCAAAUGAGGAACAGAUGAAUAACAGAAGUACGGUUUUAAAAACAACAACAGAGAGACGCCUCAGACUCUCUGCUUCUACUCUGCUGCCAGAGAACGUGAACAAUGAAGCUGCCACUUCUUCUGGCCCUGGUGGUCUGUUCUGCAGUCAGUACAAAUUUGAAGAUGGUUUCAAAGAGAAAUUCUGUGGAUGGCUGCAUCGAUUGGUCGGUGGAUCUCAAGACCUACAUGGCUUUGGCAGGUGAACCUGUCCGAGUGAAAUGUGCGCUUUUCUACAGUUAUAUCCGCACCAACUAUAGCAUGGCCCAGAGUACCGGGCUCCGGCUCAUGUGGUACAGAAACAAAGGGGACUUGGAAGAGCCCAUCAUCUUUUCAGAGGUCAGGAUGAGCAAAGAGGAAGAUGCCAUAUGGUUUCACUCAGCUGAGGCACAAGACAGUGGAUUCUACACUUGUGUUCUAAGAAACUCCACAUACUGCAUGAAGGUGUCAAUGUCCUUGACUGUUGCAGAGAAUGAAUCUGGCCUGUGCUACAAUAGCAGGAUCCGCUACUUAGAGAAAUCUGAAGUUACUAAACGAAAGGAGAUCUCCUGCCCAGACAUGGAUGACUUUAAGAAGUCUGAUCAGGAACCUGAUGUUGUAUGGUACAAGGAAUGCAAGCCAAAAAUGUGGAGAAGCAUAAUAAUACAGAAGGGAAAUGCUCUUCUCAUCCAAGAAGUUCAAGAAGAAGAUGGAGGAAACUAUACAUGUGAACUUAAGUAUGAAGGGAAACUUGUAAGGCGAACAACAGAAUUAAAAGUUACAGCUUUACUCACAGACAAGCCUCCCAAGCCAUUGUUCCCCAUGGAAAAUCAGCCAAGUGUUAUAGAUGUCCAGCUGGGUAAACCUCUGAACAUCCCUUGCAAAGCUUUCUUUGGAUUCAGUGGGGAGUCUGGACCAAUGAUCUACUGGAUGAAAGGCGAGAAAUUUAUUGAAGAAUUGGCAGGUCACAUUAGAGAAGGUGAAAUAAGGCUCCUCAAAGAACAUCUUGGAGAAAAAGAAGUUGAAUUGACCCUUAUCUUUGACUCAGUGGUAGAAGCUGACUUGGCUAAUUACACUUGCCAUGUGGAAAACAGAAACGGACGGAAACAUGCCAGUGUUUUACUUCGGAAAAAGGAUUUAAUCUACAAAAUUGAGCUUGCAGGGGGCCUGGGAGCAAUCUUUCUGCUGCUUAUACUGCUGCUGGUGGUCUACAAGUGCUACAACAUAGAACUGAUGCUUUUCUACCGACAGCGUUUUGGAGGUGAUGAAACUACUGAUGACAACAAGGAAUAUGAUGCAUAUCUCUCUUACACAAAAGUGGAUCAAGAUACUUUGGACUGUGACAAUACUGAGGAAGAGCAGUUUGCUCUUGAAAUACUGCCAGAUGUGCUAGAAAAACACUAUGGAUAUAAACUCUUCAUCCCAGAAAGGGAUCUGAUUCCAAGUGGAACAUAUAUUGAAGAUCUCACAAGAUGUGUUGAGCAAAGCAGAAGACUUAUUAUCGUGCUAACUCCGGACUAUAUUCUCAGACGGGGAUGGAGUAUUUUCGAACUGGAAAGCAGACUCCAUAACAUGCUAGUCAGUGGAGAAAUCAAAGUGAUUUUGAUUGAGUGUACAGAAUUAAAAGGGAAGGUGAAUUGCCCGGAAGUGGAAUCACUAAAGCACAACAUCAAACUUCUGUCACUGAUCAAGUGGAAGGGACCCAAAAGCAGCAAGUUAAAUUCUAAGUUUUGGAAGCACUUAGUGUAUGAAAUGCCCAUCAAGAAAAAAGAAAUGCUAUCCCACUGCCAUGUUCUAGACUCUGCAGAACAGGGGCUUUUUGGAGAGCUUCAGCCUAUACCUUCCAUUGCCAUGACAAGUACCUCAGCCACAAUGGUGCCAUCGCAAGCUGAUCUCCCUGAGUUCCACCAUUCGGAUUCAAUGCAAAUGAGGCACUGUUGCAGAGGAUACAAACAUGAGAUGCCAGCCAACACCCUGUCAGUACCCUCCUUAGGCAACCACCACACUUACUGUAACUUGCCACUAACACUACUCAAUGGACAGCUACCCCUUAAUAAUUCCUUAAAAGAGACUGAGGAACUUUCAAGGAACAAUCCCUUACUACCAUUAUCAUCCAAAGAGCUUAGCUUCACAAGUGAUAUUUGGUAGCAGAAAAAAAAAAAAAAACCCUCAAUUCCUCAGAACAACUAAAUGAGAAUAUGAAAUCUCUGCUACACUGAGAAUAAAUUACUCCUAAAAACAUUAAGGUGCUGAAACUGUGAAGAAAAAGGCACAACAACCAUGUUUGUACUUAAAUAUUUUAUUUACCUUUAUAGAAUAGUAAGGGAAUAAAAGGUCUUGUUUUUGUAGUGUGGCACCUUGUCACAAUGUACAGAUUUGAUUUUUCCUGGAAAAAAAAUUGAAUUGUGUCUUUUCCAAGCAGGUUCUAUGGCACCAUAUGAUCUGCCCAUAUUUAGGAGUUUGGAAUUUAAACAAUAUUUUUCAUAAAAGAGAAAGAAAGAAAGAAAGAAAGAAAGAAAGAAAGAAAGAAAGAAAGAAAGAAAGAAAGAAGGAAUUUGAAAAUUUCACUGAAUUUGAAAAUUCUGAAUGAAGGUUUAAGGGAAAAGAGAACUUCUAUAAAGUAAUUGAAAGCAUCUGGGAAUUGUACAAGAACAAAGCAGACUGAGGCAGCCAACUGGAAGACUGUACAGGAAGAUCAGUUGAGAAAAUGAAUGAAACAUUUGCAUCUUCUUCAACAUAAUGGACAACUCCUGUAGACUAAAGCAACAGCUUGUAACAACAGCUUUUAGUUCUAAUAGACAAGCACAUCAACUCUAGCCAAACUGGUAGGUAGGGAAACUACAUGCAUUUCUUAAUCAGAUGAAUAGACAGCUCUAAGCUCUUUAAAAAUGAUUUUUAUUAAACCUCAUGACUUUCUAUAUCAUUAAAAAACAUUUUGCAACUUUAACAAUGUAUUUUAAAGUGCACAAUUUAUUGUUUCCUUAGACAUUCACAUUUAGAUGUGAUUUUCCCCCAAACACUCUUACCAUCUUCUCUAAUAUUUAUGUGAAAAUGUGGGCAUUUUCCUACUUGUUUUUUGGCCUCAUUGCAAGUUGAACUUAAAUAUAUAUUGACUGCAACUGUCUGCAGUUGAAGAGAAGUAACGACACUAUUCAGACAUGUAGAGCUAAGUGGUCUGAGUUUACUAGUGGUAGAGCAAUGACUGCAGACUUUCUCAUUCGCAACGUAGUUGUGAAAUAGACUAUUCUGUACAUACAGUGCAUAUGCUCUGCUAUAUGUUCAAGGCUCCUGCAGAAGUAUCUCUAUUCCUGGUGCUUCGAAGAAUAAGCUUAAUAGACUAUGCUUGUCCAUCUUCGUACAGAGACUGGGACUGCACUGUAUCAGCACAUCUUUGUGAAUAACCUAUCUCCUGAUGGCUGUAAGGAAUGUAUCCCUCCUCUAGGAUUCAUUGUGGAUCAUGACUUUUUGUCACUUACAAUUAAUUUGGUGCCCUCUCCCACCCAUAUACUCCAGGAGGGGGAGGGGUCAACUGCUUAACUGCUUAUCAAAGUUGAUUCAGAAAUUGUACAAAUGGUUCUUACAGAAAAUCCUCGUACAAUUAUGAAGAAGGACAAUGUAUACAAUGUGUAAAAAGUUAAGACUUUGUUUACCUCUUGUGAUUGUGAUACCCAAAAGUAGUUAUCAAAUAUGAGAAAAUAUGCUUUGACAAUUUGUCUCUAAUUGCUUUCCAUGGUUGCUUCCCUGUGAUCCAUCAGUGCUGUGAAAUUACCUGUUUCUCUGUUGCUUUUCUACAUCUUAUCUGUUCAGAAAAUCCAUUUUUGGAGAAAAUCAGUGUGGAAGUUUCACAGUGAUACAUGUUUAUUUCACAGGGAGACAUCAGUUGCUCCUUUGAAAAGUUCUGUUCACCAUAUGUGGAUAUUUCAUAGAUGUAUUUUUUCCCUCUAAGAAUGGAAACUUCGGUAAAAAACUAUAGGUAUUUCAAAAUGAAAAUCUAUCAAUUCUAAAGUGUUUUCCAAGUGUUAUAAAGUUGUAUUUACUCUGGGUGUUCUUUAAUGCUAUGUGCAAUGACUAAAUUAAUUAUCUGCAUGACCUGAGUGGUACAUGUUUUAAGUGGACAAUUGUACUUUUUACUAUUUUAUUUUUUACAGAAAUCUAGAUGAAUUCAAAUAGAAUGUUCAGUCAUAUUUUUAAACUAAUAGUUCUGUAUUGAGCAUGCCAGUUCUGAAAAUAUAACAUGGGCCUCUCUACUUCCUUUAUUUACAAUGAUUAAACGUGGGUAGCAAUUUGAGUUGGCUGGCCACAAUGUGUCCCUUCACUGCUUGUAGGUACUCAGAAACCCAGCAUUCACACUUGUGCUGGGGAACUUGACAAGAAACCUUUUCUACCAUUUUCAGGAACUAAUGUGUACACUAUCUAUAAAAAUUUAUUUCUAGAUGGCAAUUCAAAAUUUAAUUUUCAUCUGAGUAUUUUAAAGAGAUAUGGCCCAUAAAGGUAUAAUACACAUUUCAUCUAGAAUACAAUGUAUGCUUCCAGUUGUUUUUACACUGUGACUUUUCCCUUUCAACUUUUCACUGUAUUUUGGAAAUCCAGGAAAGCAUGGUUGCAAUUCGUCCUUACACACUCAGAACAAAUUUAUUCUUAUUAAGUUAUUGCAUGUGAACACAUGUUUACCUAUUGAAUUUUAAAGGUGAAACGUUCUGAAAACCAAAAGGAAACAUAGCAAACAAAUGAUAGAUAUGUAGAGAUCAAAACAUUCUAUUGUGAAUAAACAUGGCUCAAGGAUAUGAUAGGGACACCAUGUUCAUCCAUUUCAUUUAGCAAACUAUGACUUCUGGUUGAGUUGAUAAACAUGGUCCCUGAUCUAACCAGAGAGAUAGCAAUGUAGCUGUGUGUUUUCUGAAAAUAUAAUAUCACUCACCACUACUUCUAAACCUCAAUUGAGUUAGAAUCUGUCCUAUUUUCAAGAAUUUAUUCAAAACUGUGACAGAGAGACAUCAUCAAACUUCUAGUAAGACUUGAAUCCAGAGUAAUGUGAUGUAAAAGGCAGAUGUUCUGCUUGUGGAAAAAAAGGUUAAUAUUGUGCAACUUAACACUGCUAGAAGAAUGUGGGGAAAGUGAAAGCAGUCCAGUUGUGAAGAGUUCAGAAGGAGCUGAGAUGGGAAUGAAUAGUAACCAAACGAUUGCAAUGUCAUGGUUAGAAAGUUGUUAGAAAAAAAGAGAAGAAAAUUCUGGAGCUGAAGAGAUGGCUCAGUGGUUAAGAGCACAGAAUGCUCUUCUAGAAUACCUGGGUUCAAUUCCCAGCACCCACGUGGCAGCUCACAAUUACCUGUAACUCCAGGGUCUAACACCCUCACACAGACAUACAUGCAGGCAAAAUAUCAAUUCACAUAAAAUACCAAUUAAAUUAUUUUCUUUUAAAAAAAGAAAAUUCUAACAAAAGUAAGACAGCAUGUCUCUGACAAUUGUGGUAUUUAAUAAGGCUUACAAGUAUGUAGAAUCGCUGGUCUAAAUCCUUUGUUUUCUUUUGACAUUUAUUUUUAAAUAAACUAAUACACAGCUUGAGGAAAUGGCUUCAGUUUGGAGGUUAGGAAGCUUUUUGUUCUGUAAGUAUAAGACCUGAGUUCAAAUCCUCAGUUCCUGUGUAAACGAAUAUGCAUUCAUACCCAUCAUUGGACUGUAGAGAAAUAAAGACACUGGGAGCUAGCUAGUCACAAAGUCUAGCUGAGAGGUGAGUUUUUGCUUCUAUAAGAGCCUGUCUCAAGGCAGGAAGUUGGAGAAGUUGGAGAAGACACCAAACAUCCUGUUCUAGCAUGUACACUUGCAAACAUUUAAACUACCACGUAGAGAGAAAGAGGGAGGGAGGGAGGAAGGGAGAGAGAGAGAGAGAGAGAGAGAGAGAGAGAGAGAGACAGAGAGAGACAGAGAGAGACAGAGACAGAGAGACAGAGAGACAGAGACAGAGAGACUAGUUCACUUUUAUACAGUGUGUUUUCCAAAUAAAAUAACGAUCGAAGGAAAUACCCUGAAAAAUCCACAUAUAAAUCUUCAUAUUCCUUGUAUUCAUUUCUGAAGGUAAGGUAAUGAACUGAUAAAAGUUCAAAGUUAAGAUGGAAAAUUAUUGGAUGGUGAUCCGCUAAAAAUGAGCACUCCGAAUCAAUGUUACUUUUUCUUAGGGAGUGAAGUUAAUUUUGAAAAUAGUCUGGCUCUGGUUCCUCUAUUACUCGUGCAUUUUUGUUGUGAGAUGCCUGAUGCUAGGUCACAGUUUCUAGUAUUAAGGCAAUCUGAUAAAUGUAUAAAACAGUUUGAUAAGCCUAGUUAUUCACUCUUAGCGCUGUCAUAUUGAAGAUGCCUUUUCAAAGAACUGAGAUCAGCCACAAGCAAUUUCAGAAGAAUAUUUAUUAUACCACUAAUUGCUGGGUAAACAGAACUUGUAAAAUUAUGUACAACCACCUACAUUUGUUUUUCUGUAUGCUCACUGCUAUUUUCCUAACUAUAUUUUCUCCUGUUGGUGCUAUGGUCAAUAGUGAAAUUAAUUGAGUACCUGCUGUAUGCUAGCCAGUGCAUCAAAUGUAAUAGGACGUUGUUAAAAAUCAUAAUCCUUGUUCUCAGACGUUUUUAUACAUCAUAUUCAUGAAGAAUCCAGUGUAUGUAACACACCAUUCAGUAUGCGAAAUUAGUAUUUGCAAUAAUAAGUGAAGUGGAUUCUGUACUACUGACUUGGGCAAGAGGUAAGUCUUGGCAUGGAGAAAACAUCGAAGAAAAUGUGAAUUUUCCACAUAUAGAGCAUAGCAUGCGUGAAUACUGAAGAAUGAGCAAGUUCUGUUCAAGUCAUAGCAGGAACAGAAAUCUGAACAGGACUGAGAGGAAUGCUAAAGCAUCCAUCUGAGAGCCUGAGAGCCAACAGAUUUAGGAAGAGUCAGGAAGGGGAAGGGAAUGGAGGCUGGGAAGCCAUUUACGAGACUAUUCUCACAGUCCAGUUGAAAUGAGAGCUAGAGAUAAGUGGUGACCUUAAACCUCAGCAAAGGGCAGACUGAGAAGAAGAACUAGGCAGGAUAUAGUGAUGUAAAAAGUACAAGUGGGAAAACAAACCUAAACAGUUGAAUGAUCACAAACAGUAGUCGGAUCAAAGGAAUUUGGGGAGUUUUUAACCCAUGCUUUAAACAUUCCAACACCGCCAGGGUCAGGAGCAAGCACAGCGCUAGGCACGAUUGCUACUGAAAUAUCCUAGGAGGCAUUUGGAAGAGAGAAGUUCUCUGAAAUGGCAAAUUGCUUCUUAAAUCUGGCUGAGAAGCAAGUACAUUCACUUCACUUGAAAUUCCAUAUUCACAAGGAAGAAAAGGAUUGAAUUUUGUUCUCAAGUACCACUGGCUGCUUCUAUUUAAAUUCCACAGCUUGUAUUAAAAUAAAGAAUUAGGACCUUGAAAUUAAAGCAGUGAAAUAAUUAAGUCAUGACCAGCAAGAUGGCUCAGUGUGUAAAACUACUUACUGCCAAGUCUGACUACCUGAGUUAGAGCCCCCCCCAAAACCACAUGCUAGAAGUAGAAGAGCAGUUCCCCCAGGCCCCCCAUUCUUCUACACUUGCAACUACACAGAAGUGGAAAGAGAGCAAAUAAGUGAGAGAGAGGCAGACACAGAGACACAGAGACAAGGAGAGAUGCAGAGAGAAUAGAAAUGUUAGAUGUAAGCAAAGAACAAAAAGAAAUGAGUUUCCCGAAGAUCAGUAGUCUCAUCUCAUUCCUGGCUAGAGUCCCAGUACCCAAAAUAGGGCACACAACAUUGUUGUUUAAAUAGGAAAGGAAACCUGGGAGCUUCUGUAAAGACCAUUACAAAAUAAGAGACAUUAUCUUUCGGACAGUAACUUUACAAGUUAACAGAAGAGAGGAAAUGCAUGAGAUUAUCUCUCUACAUCCUGUUUGGAACUAGGGUUUUACGAUUUUAACUAUAUUUGUGGUGGGAGAUCAAAGAUUCUUAAAGAUUCUGCCAGUUACACAAAUCGUUAUUCCUCAAAAGAUUCAGACAUUUUGGUUCUAUGAGGCCACCCAAUAUAGCUUAUUGCUCCUAACCACAACAUCCCUUUCCCUAAACACAUACUUUAUAUGCCCACUCAUUGCCAACAAAAACUUCUUUUUUUCCAAAGGUUACUUUUAUACCUAUAAUUAUUAUUCUAGGUGGAAGAAUAAGGAUUAGAUUAGCCUCAUUUACUGGGCUCGGGAUGAGACCCACCACCAGCAGAUCUACCAAUGAAUUCAGUAUGUAGAAAUACCUCAGUUUCUAUUCUCUUCCAAAGAAUUUUCCAAGCAGUAAAUAAGCCAAGAAUUUUUCACCAUCUUGAUAGAGGGGUUGUGUGAAAACACCUAGAAACCAGAGCAGUUUCAUCUAUUUUCAGCUAGGGAAAAUUCCUUAGCAUUUCUAUCCCAUUUCGUAAUUUGAAAAAUAAACACAUAUAGAAGGGCAUUGGAAAAAUUGUAGGCAAAGUGCUUAGAACAGUACUUCGUACAGCAUAAGAAUUAUAUUGCCAUUACCACUAUAAUUAUUAGUCUACACAAAAAUGGCACAAACAUCUACUAUUACUACUACUACUACUACUACUACUACUACUACUACUCACACACACACACACACACACACACACACACACACACACACCAAAAUCAACAACAAAACAUGCAUUUUAUUGUACUUCUUAAUUGUAAAGGCUAGUCUAUUUGGUUUUGUGCGUGACUGCCUGGAUGACAAAGGACACUCAUUUUCCAGACAGCUGGCUAAGCAAAAGGUACAUUCCGUGGUCAUGGAACAGAUCAGAGCUAGCUGGCCCAUAGAAAGAACAAGCCUACAGUAACCUUGACCUCAUUAGUAAUGUGUUCUGAGCUAGACAAAAAACAGGACUCCCAGAACAUGGAUUAUUCAGAUUUGCUGUCCAUGUUAAUCAAAGUCCCCAGAUGAUUGCUUGAUAUUCUGCUUUACUUUAACUAGGUUUACAUAAGCCCAAAACAUCUGGAUGAGAAGUGAAAAAAUGCAGAUGUUUAAGCCCCAUGAUGGGAAACAUCCAGAUGUCUCAAAUUUGGAUGUGUCAUUUUGUUCUUUGUUUUAAAAGAAAAAGAAGCCAAAAGAAAACAAAAUAAAAAUCUACCACAGUUUGUAUUUCCCUUAACCUGGGUAAAACUCAAGCUGUUUUUUUUUUUUAUUAUAGAAUUCUAAAAUGCCCAAAAAUUGAUUAAGAUUCUUUUUGAUAAUGAUCCAGAUGAGAUAGAAUAUGCUUUAUUAAAAAAAUUAUCUGAUCCACAUCUAGCCUCUAUGAAAGACAAUGGUUGUUUUACCAUGAGAAAAUAUACCUGAAUAGUAGAUUGUAUUGAACUGUCCUGGAAAGUAUAGCUUAGGCGUUACCAACAGGAAAGGCAAAUUUUCUAAAGAAAUCUUUCAAAAUGGUGCUUAUUUUGUAAAAGGGUCUGUCCUCAACUAAAUAUAUAUGCCAAAAGAAACAUUUACUCUGCUUACAUACUUACCAUUUAAGAAUUUUUUUUUACCUUGAAUAAAACACAGAGAAGUAAGUCUAAGCAUGAGCAGUAAAGGUUGCCAUCUUUGGAAUGUGAGUUGAAGAUAAUCGAAACUCAUGAUGAAAUAUCCAAAAUGCCUUUCAUCAGUAUCCUAAAAUAAUUUUCCCUAAGUUAAAUUAUGACAACUAUUUCAGUCUACCCUGUAGGAUUCUACUGACCUUCUGUAUCAAGAAAACAAAACACAUUGAUUAAGGGCCACACUAAGGAUUCACAGUUAUAGAAAAGAACAAGAAUUUCAAGGCCAUCUAUUUCAACCUUUCUAUUUCAUUCAUGGGAAAAAUAGGCUCAGAGAUGAAGUGACUUGCUCAAGUGACAAAUGAAUUCUGGAAUACAGAACCAUACUCUUAUGGAUGAACUGAUGGUAAGUUUUGGCAAAGUAGAAGGAAAUAAUGAAAAAAUAGUAACUGAUUAGGAAUAACACAUGAAGAUAUUGAUCACAUAGGGCACAGCAAGGAAUGCACCAUGUAUAGGAAUUAGAGUUAUUUGGACAAAAUAAAGAAGAGUUAUGACAGUCCCAAGGUAAAUGAGCAUCACUGUGCUUUGAAUUUUAUGGUAAUAUUCUAAUAUAGUUAAUAUAAUUCAACUUGAAUGAGUCUUUGGUGAUUGCCCCAUCUUCCCCAACUGGUUAAAAAAAAUCAAUAUAUACAAUAUAGUUUGGGUUCUCAAAGAGCUUAUUUGUCAUGCGGUGAUGACAAAAAGUUUUAAAAGUUGGUAGAAAUGCUCACAUAAGGCACUGAGGAACUAAAUUCAAGUUUUGAGCGUUGGUGUGAUCCUAAGCUAGUGCUUGAUUGCCCAGCUACCUUCAGAUCCAGGUGAAUCCUUCCAGGUCUCUAGCACUAUCUUUGACAAUGUGCAUAAAAAGUGUACAAAUCAAUGACUCUUGAGAACUUCAAACGGCAAGGCUAAGACCUAAAUAAGAAGAUAUUUUAUGGUUUAAAAAACUGAAGCAUUUUUUUCUCCUGAGAGUUGGCAGCACUCCUCAUUGUAUACACACAUAAUAAAGAAAAGCCUAAGGUAGAGUGUACAAUUUUAAAAAGAAUUAAUAUAAAAAUCAAUAUGAUUAUUCCUUGAUUUUGGUUUCUACAUAGUAUUCAUUAUUUCCUAACACAAUGAAAAUUUAUUAGAAAUAAGAAUGUGUACAUAAAAAGAAAUGUAAAAUAUCUCUAUAGAAUGCAGAGCAGAAGCAUUGUACCAAUCCCAACCAUUUAUCAUUUCAAUUUAAAAACAUUAAUGCUGCCAGUGGAAACUGAAAACAAGUUGUCAGCAGUUUUCUUCGAGCAUGAUAGAACCACAAAGCCAUAGACCAGGCAGUAAAAAAUUUGUUUAAAAAAAUUCAAUGCUUUAAGACAAGCCAGAUUAUUAUGAAAGAUAUACUGUAAACUACUCAUCUCAUUUAUUUUGCACAAAUGCCAGUUCACAUGAAAUGAGUUUUAUUUGUUGGAGAAAUCUUUUUUUUCCUGUCCUUUAAUGUGUGUAAACCAAGUUCUGAGAUACAUUGUGGAGGACGAGGGUCACUGAUCUUCCUCUUUGCUUUUCUAUUCUAGCCACAACCCAAUGUUGAUUAAAAAUGAUGAAGUCAAAGCCUUACAUGCUUCCUUCAUUCAUGAACGUUAUUGAAACCCUUUUUCUCUAUUUCCCCAACAUCAGUCUCCUUAAAUCUCUUAAAGCAUGGGAUGUUUUAAAGCUGGAAGGAACCUGGAAGGCCAUCUAAUACUCUUCUUUUAAUGAUGGAGAAAAUGUUGUCACAUGUCCAAUAUUAAAGAACUAAUUAGUGACAGAGCCAAAACUAGACUCAAGAGCUCCUGAUUGACCAUAAUCAUUUCUUGAUCCUAAUCAACCCUCAACAAUUCAAAGACCAGAUUCUGAAAGCAUUCACCCAGGAGUCAGGAGUGGAGUUUGGGGGCAGAUCAUUUGCUGAGGAUGGUCAGGGCCCUGGGUUCCAUCAUUAGCACAUCAAUAAAAUAAAAGUAAAUGUGUAUCCUUCUUUCUUUUUAUGUGAAGGACAAUGUCUUGUCACUGAAGGAAAAAAGUCAAAUCUUUGCCAAUGUCUUUAUAACACAUAGAUUCACUUGAGAUAGCCUCAGUGUUACACCAGAGACACUAACUACACAAAGAGCCUUGAAUCAAAUGAGAAAGUUUCCCAUUGUACAUUGUAAACUCCAACCCCACCUGUAGGAGAGAAAAUAAACUGAGAUUAUGGGAUCUUAACUUGUUUUUAAACAUACACUUCCUACCCAAAAUAAGUUGGACAUAUUCCUUCUCUUUUUGCAGGGGAUAUUAGGGAUUAAACCUAUGGUCCUAUGACCAUAUAUAUGCAAGGUAAACAUUCUACUAAAUACACACACACGUACACACAGACAGACACAGAGACACACACACACAGAUACACAGACACACACACAUAGACACACACACAGACACAGAGACACACAGAGACACACACACACACACACACACAUUCACAUACACAGACACAGACAGACACAGAGACACACAGACACACACACACACAGACACACACACACAUAUAUUUUUGAGGUAAAUUAUCACUAAAAUUUCUAGAUUGACUUUCAACCAUUAGUGGUAGAAGAUAUUUUCCAUGUAGUAUCAGUUAUGGAAAUUACAGUAUCAUGAUAAGGAUAUGUAUUUGCAUCUGAAAAAAAACUAUCAGUACACAUCUAAAACCAGAAUUUCUAUAUAUAAAUUCUACAGUGGAAUUUACUGGCUAUUUCAAUACCAGCAAAGUACUUAAACUGCUGUAGUUUCUUCCGUGGUAAAAUAGAGAGGAACAUGGUUAUAAUAACAAGGAUUCAAGAAAAAAAUGAGCAUAUGAAGCACUUAGAAAAGGGGUUUAUACACAAUAGAGGUUGUAAAUUUGUUAUCUGAUAUUCUAUUGGGGGAGAAGUUAGCUCAGCCAAUUAAUCUGUAACACUGAACAUGGCAGGAACGGUUUUAACAGAUUUUAACCAUGAAAUGUAUGCAAGGAAGAAUUCCUCUAAUUACCAGUCAUGUCUAUUCACUAAAUUUAGUCAAGCAUAUCCAUUCCUUGAAAACAUUAGUGUACUCUUUAUUUCAACUACUACUUUUAUAUCAGCUAGUGUUCUUCAAAUUAGAAUGUGAUUCAAAGUUUACACUAAGAAAAAGAUCCCACAAGAAUUCUGAAUUAGUGAAUGGUGACUUUUCUUAAGUCCUCUCCCAUCUCCCCAGUACAAGCAAUCCUGGUUAUUUUAAAGAAAUAAGUAGUCCUAUUUUCAACCUGCCAAACUCCCUAAAUUUCCACGCACAAAUAUCCCAACAGGUUUGAAAGGCCAGAAAUAUAAAGAGAAAGUUCAGUAGGUCAAUAAGCCACUGCAUAGUUGUGGCUUUUAGGCAAUCACAAGUUGAGAUGAGUCAACAGUAUGAUGUAGAUGCUUAGAAAGCAAACUCAGGGCUAGAAGACACUAACACAAGUAAAAUGCCCAGUCUAAGAAAAGCACUCAGCAGCAGACAGAUGAAACCUGGAGGGCUGCCCUCAUAUCUGAGUGCCCACAUUCUUAUAAGAACCACUUCAGUAUAGAAAGAUGUCAGAAUCGAUGGUGCAGACGGAUGAUGAAGUUUCUGAAAGUCUGCCAUGGAAGGGAGGAACUGGAAAUUUUUGCUUUUCCUUAAAAAGAAGACAUUUAGCCAGAAUAUGACAUGGAAACAAAAUUAGAUUUAUUCUCUGUAGUCCCUGUGGGAGAAUCAGGGUAAUAAGUAGAACACAUGAAGAGGCAAAUUUAGGCUCAGGAUCAGAGAGUCCUGUCUAAGGAUAUAGACUACCCAUAAUCAGAAUUUGCUGCUUGAAAAAGUGGUAAAUUUUGUCACAGCAAACCCUCGGAGAUGGGAAGAAUGCAGAAACUAUUUCUAGUUUGUGACUUUUAAAAAUUGAUAUCAAGGAAUAUUUCUAAUCAGACCCAUGAUUCUAGCCCAGUUAUUAUAUGUUCAUAUUGUUAAACAAGUUGCUUUGACUUCCAACAAACCCUCACCAUUACUAUCACAUUAAUCUUUUUACUUAAUUUCCUUUGUCUCUAUUCUACCCUCUCCACUCUACUCCAUUUCUUCUCCCCCAUUGCACUUGCUACCAGUCAUAAACACAAACACUUACUAUUUAAGACCUAUGUUGAGUUCAUUAUAUUCCAGGAUCCCCUACUAGACAGAUAUGGCCAUGUUUGUUUUAAAUAAACAUUUUUUUGCUGCUACAUGAAUGCUUCAUGUUGACAACUCUUAUGUCUCCCUCUUCUGCAAAUGUGUUUAGAUUCUCCUAACCAGAAUAAACUCAUUGUUUACCCUAUGCAUGUGUAUAUAAUAUGCUUCUUCCUGAAAUAUUCCUGGUUAACUACAAAGUUAUGUGAAACUCACUCUUCAAGGUCAUGGUCUGGUCAACUUUACCUGGCCUUUUCCUUCAUUUUGACCAUGCCAUGUCUCUUAUUCACUUCCAUUUUUAAAAUAGACGUAUUAUGUCUCUAACUUUUAAGUUUAUGUAAUUCACGUUUGCUUUUCAAGCAAUGAUACUGUUCCCAAAACCAAAUAAUGUGGAUAUGCCCAUGUCUGGUAUAAUUUUAUGAUUGUUUUUUUUCAUUUUUUAGUAGAUGGUAUUGCAUACUCAUAGAUAUUAAAAACUGUUCUAGGUUGAAAACUUUCUUUGCAUUUCAGAAAGCAUACUACUUUGUUAGUACACAGUCCAUGGCCAGUAAAUGCUUAACUGUUUGUCUCUACUUUUAAAGUUGUAUUGAGUGCCUGUCUGGAAAUAUUGUCUAGGUCAUAGGGACACAGAAGUAAACAAAACAAACUUGGAUAUAUGCCUCCAUAAAAAUUUACAUUCUUAAAUAUGGCCAAUAAACUAUUUGAAAUAAAGGACUUAUUGAAGGAAGAUUGAACAUGAAUUGCCCUUCUACAUACCAUACAUGCAUGCCAUCAAAUUAGCUUGGACUAAACAACAUCCCCUUUACCAUGUGAAGCAAUUUUAGCAACUGUAUUCUGUACAGUAAAACUGUACAUUUUAGUGUACCCAUCAAAAGUGCCAUAUGCCAUUCUGGAGUGAAUAAAAUUAUGUUUUGACAGCUUUGGAAUUUCUUCCAUCUAGCUAGAGUCUUAUACAAUCUAAGUAGAACCAAAGUGGGUUAGCUACCAGUAAGCUCAGAGUGGUUGAAUUUAGCACACCUAAGGUACAUCUGACCACUUACCGUUUUCCUUUAUAUUUUUAAGUAAAUCAAACUACUUAAUUCCAUGGGAAUAGAUACAUUUAAGUCACAAAAGGACUGAAAUCACAAAUAAAGCAAAGGAAGAAAUAAGAAGAUACUGAGUGUAAUAUACUGAGCAUUUUUCUAGACAUGCAGAAAAAACAACAUCUAAGUCAUGGCUCAUGAUUUCACUAAGACUGGACAAAAAAUAAAAUAUAGGGAAACAGAAAGUCUGUCAGGUCUAAAUGAAUGGUGACCAUAGAUACAAGAAUGCCAAGUAUGAAAUAUAAGCACUUCUUCAUAUGGAACUAAGUCCCCACUAAGCCAAAGCUGGCAUAUGUAUAGGGAGCAGUGUUUGGAAAGUGAAUGGCUUAAGGGCAGAAAUGAGAACUCCAACCUGACAAAACCUGAACGCAGCUCAGUUCUGAUGUUGUGCCUCAGCACAUGAAGCUGUUUCUCAGAGAGCCGCCUGAGUUGUUGAAGGAGCUCUUUUUCUCCCUGCUCCUCACUUCCCCCACAGACCAAUGCAGACUAUGGAAUGUAAGUCCACAAACCACCACAUCUCCACUCUUUACCUUGUGACGAGGCCAAAAAUGUUUAGCUAUGUCAGUGGGUCCAAUAGCCAAACCUCAUAUUUUUAUGCAUAAAUAAUUGGGAGUAUGUGUAACACUCUGUCCUCGGGGUUUUCAGGGACUAGGAGGGUGUAAAUCAUCUCAGAGUGCUGAAUAAAUGCAGAUUGAUAAAGGAAUGUCCACAGGUUUACACAUAUAAAUUCACAGAUAUUAAUAUGCUGGAACAUUUUCUUCAUCAACCUCCAAAUAACAGCUGGACCUCAAAUAUUUGAAAAAGAUUUAUAAGUCCAGCAACAGUUCCUUUGCUGUUUUCUCCUUUAGGAGCUACAACUAGUGAUUUUUAUGUGACUUUCAACAGCUCGUCCAGGGCUCUGUAAGCUCCAGAAGUUUGAAUAAGGAGACUCAAUUUGAAGGUGUGAUGGUUAAUUCAAUUGCAAAACAAUCUAGGAAAAAAUAGAGUGUCACUGCAGGAAGAUCUCCUUAAAAAAGAGAAAUGUCAGGAGUAGAAAGUUUGCUCCUGAUCAGAGGGGCUCGUGUUAGUAUUCUUCAAAUGAUCCCUCUAAAGCAGCUAUGCGAUGAUUUGGAACCCAUUCUAAGACCACUUUUGGAAAUCUGGGUAAAAUCAUGAAUAAGUUUUUCAAGGGAAAAUGUGCAUAUUUCCUAGAAAAAUACUGGAUAUGUUGUUGGCAAGGUAACAAUCCAAAGGGCUAAUCUAUAUCUGGAAAUCCUUCUAUGGGUAGCAUUAAGGCUUAGUUGUCCCUCAAAUGAAAAGUACCUCCUUUAGAUAUUGAGAACAGAACAUAGAGAAAGGAAUAGGAAGUGGGAAAAUAGAUGUAUUUUAACUGUGUCAAAUGAAGCAAAUUAUAUAUAUAUAUAUAUAUAUACUCUAUGAUUAUCCGUUUGAUGGCUCUAAUUCACAACAGCUAAACAAAAACAAAAUGUUGCAUGGAUAAUAAGAGCAAUUGUUAUAAUGCAAUGAACUUUUUACUCUGCAAAAUAAAAGCACACUAUGCUUAAGGCUAGUCUUUCAGAAUGUAGAAACUGUGACCCUUGGCUGCUAUCAUUUUUUCUAUAUUUCUUGCCAAACAAAUGUUAUGAAAGAAUAUCUCCAGGCAUUUGCUCUACCCUGAGGGUUAAAACAUGUACAGAAUGGAAACUGGCAGAGUGCUGAAGUUGGCGGACUCAUCUGCUUCACUAAAGCUUCUAGAGACUUCCAAGGGCUCUAGGGAUGAGGGAGUUGUCUUUUUUGGAGAAAAUCAGGUCACAAAAAAAUGUCCAAAUCUUCAGAACAAUUGAUCCAUGGCAGCAGAUAUAAGUAGGGAACAAAUUUGUUCAGUGUAGAUCCCAUGAUCUCAGAAUGCUGCAUUUUACAUUAAGAACAUCUACAGGAAGUACUUUUGCCAGGACAAAUAAUCAUGAACCUUUCUCAAAUGGAGAAGCUGUGAACAAAAAGCAGAGACAUUAUUUUUGGGGAAGAGAUAAAUGAUUGAGGCUUUGAGACAGGAUUCUUUGUGGCUAACAUUUUAAAAAAGAAUUCUAUGGCAGCUGAAAUCACUCUUGGAUAUUUUCAGGUUUCCAAUGAUAUUUCCAUUCUUCUGCCUUGGUGAAAACCAAGAUAAUACUCCCCCUUGUAUAAUUGUUUCAACAAAAAUCUGUUCUAAGAUCCUCUUAUAGACUUUGAACUUUUCUGGCUACUAGGAGCACAGUCAAGAGCAAACUGCAUAUGGAUUUGAUUCCUAAGGAGAAAAUAAGCAAGUAAGCAUGUACUUCUAUAUAAGUCUUUUAGGUUCAUUAAGAUAUGAAAGUGAGCAUACGUAAAGAUAGAUGUCUGUAAUCCAAGCACAUGGGAGCCUGAAGCAGGGUAGCAAAUCUAAAGGCAGCUUGUACAGCAUAGCAAAAGGUUGUCUCAAAAAAUCAUUGGAGCUGAAAGUUAGUAGAGUGUUUACAUUACGUGCACAAAAUCCCAGGUCCUGUACUCGUGGCAAAAACAAACAAACAAACAAACAAAAAGGAACAGGCAAACAUACAAGUCUGUUAUCCUAGCACUCUGGAGUCAGAGGCAGGAAGAUUGGAAGUUCUAUGCAGCCUUUGACUACAUAGCAUGCUAAAAUUCAUCCAGGGGUACAUGGGUCUCUGCUUCAAAAAAAGAGAAGAAAGAAAGAAAGAAAGAAAGAAAGAAAGAAAGAAAGAAAGAAAGAAAGAAAGAAAGAAGGAAGGAAGGAAGGAAGGAAGGAAGGAAGGAAGGAAGGAAGGAAGAAAGAAAGAAAGAAAGAAAGAAAGAAAGAAAGGAAGAAAGAAAGAAAGAAAGAAA